GUGACGUGAUUGAGGUGUAUUAUGGUGACAAUCGCUUUGGGACAAUGACCGACUCUGGCACAGCAACGCUUAAACCUCGUCCGAGAGUCCGGCCGCUGCUGACUUUCUUACCCCUUAAUGCCCAAGAAUCCCACGGGGUGGCUGUGCCAACGCCGUCGGUGCCAGAAGACUUUGAGGAAAAAGCGGCACUGGGCUCUGGCUCCCAGAUCAAUGGGAACUACCGAAUGUACAGCUCGGUGGGGGACCUGCGCCCACAGGCUCUUGAGGGGGAUGACCUGGAUGAAGACAUCCCUCCGCCGCCAUCGGUACCGCCCCCACCUCCUCCAACGGAGAGUCCGCAGCCCAAGCCCUGUCCCGAGCCCCACCUCACCUUCCCCAGGUCCUUCAAGGUGCCCCCGCCAGCCCCAGCCCGCUCCUCCUCCAUCCCGGUGCAGGAGAGCCAGCCCGUGCGGCAGGAGCCCUUCCCCAGGCAGCCUCACGCCCGGCCCCCGCUCCCGCCCUGCUUCACCAUCAGACCCGCGGCCAAGGCUCAUGCAGGAAGAGAAGCCGAGCAAAGAAACUCCCCACCGAGACAGGCCCUUGCCAAGCCGGCCGUGCCAACACCCCCGCCCCUGAGCCCCAAACCAGGCCCAGGUCUCAGCCAAGGGACGAAUCCUGCUGGUCGCCGAUCCCCGCUGCCAGGCUCUGAGGUGGAGAAGGUUCCCCAGCCGAAAACAGCCGAGAGAGACUCUCCUCCAAAAUCUGAGUCUCUCUCUGCCAAUGACCUGGACCUCCCCCCUCCAGACUACCCGACCUGUGAGGAUGACUGGAGGGACGCCAGCAACAUGAGCAGGCUGCGGCAUGAGCUCUCGGCCCUCCUGCGCUCCCCACGGAGGGAGGAGAGGCCACCGGAGAAGCCGGCUGCUCCCCGGCCCGUGGAUGUCAGUACAGACCGCGCCAGCAGCCACGAGCCCAGCCUCAAUGGGCCCCAACUCACCGGACCUGCCGGGAAGGAUGUGGGGUUACCUGCGGGAGGGGAGAGCGAGAAGAAGGAGGUGCCCAGCAGCCCCCCCAGUGCCAAGGGGGGCUCUCCCAGCGCGGCGCUCCCUGCUCCGGAGAGCAACCCUGCUGUGCAGACCCGCAGCGUGAUGAAAAUCAGGAACGAGCUGGAGGCUGUGCUGUCCCUGAAGAAAGAAGGGAAGCCUGCCCUGGGGCUCGGCGGCCAGAAGCAGGGCACUGAGGAUGGCGGCAGCACCCCACGUGUGAGGAAGAGCCCUCCUGACCUGAGGAAGAGCCUCCCUGUUCCGGGUGACUCGGUGCUGCCGAAACCAGCCCCAAGCCCGCUCCCAGCACCAGUGGCUGCAGCAGAGAAGGAUGAGACGGAGCAUGAGGACCAUCCCGCUCCUGCUGCUAGCAAGGCCACAGAGAACUUGACCCCUGCUCCCGGGUCCCUCAAUGACAGUGUGAGCCCCCCCGACCCACCUCAGGGACCAGCAGAGAAGCUCCCUGCUCCCACCUCCCCCUCGCCCCCCGUUUCUCCAGCACAGAGCCCAGCAGCGCAGCCCAACGCAGCCAUCUUCCCCCCGGUGCGGGGCGAGCGGGUGGAGCGGGGCUCCCCCAUGGCGCUGCUCCUGGCAGCCCGGCAGCGUGCCCAGCGGGGCCGGCAGGGUGGUGAGGUGGGAGCCGCGCCGCGGGUGAAGCCACCUCCGAAACUCAGCAGCGCCUCGUCGGACACCACCUCCACCACCUUCUACCGCCACGAGUCCAAGCCCUACUCCUUCACCGUGGUGCCCCGGCCACCCGUGGCGGGUACAGAGGGGUCAGGAUGGAGCAAACCUCCGUCCUUCUCCAGCUCCUCGGAGCAGGGCCGGGACGUGCGGGCAGCGG